AUGCAGCGCAAUCUCUUUCAUUCGAAGGAGAUUCUGCAGGAGCACUUUGAGCUCCACAUACGACGUAGCAACAUACUCGAGGACAGUUGGGAAGCUUUGCAGGAGGCAGCUUACUUGGAGCUCUUAGCGCCCAAGCUACGCAUAGAGUAUGCAGGCGAACAGGCUCAAGAUCAAGGUGGAGUCGCGCAGGAUUGGUUCUGCGGCGUAGGUCAUGCACUCGCUGCAGAUGCAGGCAGCGACGAGAGUGCUUCUAUUCUGACAAUGGGCGCCAGCAGCAGGAUGCUGAUCCCACGGCCAGUGCGCAAGGAGACUGAUGAUAGUGCCGAAGGGCACUACCGCGAUCUUUUCGUUUGUGGUCGCUUCCUUGCCCUGGCAACCCUCCAUGGAGGUCGGCCCUUGCCGAUGCCGCUGUCACCGUUCGUUUGCAAAUAUUUGGUUGGAGCCCCUGUGGAGCUCUCCGACAUGAAGCUCCUGGACAGUGAUUUCUAUCGACAGCGAGUGGAGCCGCUGCUGAGCCCGGACGGUCUGGAAGAGGUUGAGGCAGCUCUGGGCGAGCCUUUGACUUUUCUGUCUGUGCCUACGGAGCUCCGACCUGCCGAGGAGCUGGAACCUGGCGGAGCCUGUCGCAAGGUGACAAAGGAGAACCUGCACAGGUAUCUUGUCCUCCUCUGUGAGGCUUUCCUUUGCAGUGAGCUCCGGGAAGAGCUGCAGUGCUUGGUGCAAGGUUUCUGGGAUGUCUUACCACUGGAAGCCUUGAGAGCAGCACACCUCGAGGCCAGUGACCUCGCCAUCUUGCUCACAGGCUCCUGCGGAGUG